CAUUUGCUGCAGGAAAAAUGCCAAUUUUAAACAUUUUUGGUGUCUGAUAAAUGAGAAGUGACUGUUAUUGGGUGAUUUUUUUUUCAUUGUGCACUCUUAAAUCUGUGUCAAGAUCUAUUUUUAUGAAUCGAAUUGAAGUCUAAUUAAAUGUGAAACGCGCUCAAAAUCAACUUGAAUUUUUAUCAACACAACAAAAAAGAGGAAUUACCCCAAACAGGAACACAAUGGCAAACGUUAAGCUUUUAAAGAAAUUCUAUUUGAAAAUACUACUUCAAUUCCUAUGCAGUGCUUUACUUAUUCAGGGCACAAGCAUCCAGCAACUAGAACCACAACCGGAGUUCUUGGCUCCAUUAGAUAAUUUUACAGUGACUCAAGGACGUGACAUUUCAUUUACAUGUGUUGUUGAAAAUUUACAACAAUAUCGGGUGGCAUGGAUAAAGUCCGAUUCAAAAGCGAUUUUAGCAAUACAUACACUAAUGGUUGCACUGAAUCCUCGUCUAUCCGUUACACAUAAUGGUCACAAUACGUGGAAACUGCACAUAUCUCAUGUGCAACUCAAUGAUUCUGGAUCGUAUAUGUGUCAAGUCAACACAGAUCCAAUGCGAAGUCAGUGGGGCCAUUUAAAUGUCGUUGUUCCGCCAGAUAUUCUCAAUGAAGCCGAUACAAAUGGAAGUAGCCUGGAUGAAAGUGUCACAAAUGAAGGCGGACAAAUUCAAUUAGUAUGCAUUGCAACGGGUGUCCCAACGCCAACGACAAUAUGGCGACGUGAGGGUGGCAAGGAUAUUGUUCUACGUAGCGAAGGACGCGAUAAACAAUACUUUAAGCAAGUCGAAGGGAGCAGGUUGGUGCUGCAUCAAGUUCAAAGAACAGACAAUGGUGGCUAUAUGUGCAUCGCUUCGAAUGGAGUACCGCCCACUGUGUCAAAACGAUACGAUGUUCAAGUGAAUUUUCCACCGCUCGUAAAAGCUGUUAAUCAUGUUGUUGGAGCGCCCGUCGAGAGUCACGUUCUAUUGGAAUGCAUUGUUGAAGUAUUUCCGAAACCAUUAAACGGCUGGUAUCGAAACGAUGGGAGUUUAAAGUUGCACGAUGGCGCAAAAUACGUUAUUUCAGAGCGAAUAAUAAACAGUUUCACGUGGCAGUUGAAUUUGACCAUAAAGAACUUGCAGAAAAAUGACUUUGGCGAGUACACGUGUACCUCAGUGAAUGCAUUGGGUAAACAAGAUGCUCGCAUUCGAUUGCAAGAGCUAAAACUCAUAACGCGACCUGUUACAACUACAACACCAACACCGUAUGUGUAUACAACGGUAAAGCCGCCGCGGCGCAAACAGCAUCAAAAUCAUAACCAUAAAGGUCAUGACACAUCCAACCGAGUUAAAGAAAUAUUACUACCGAACAAUUUGCAAGAGAACGAGAUUGCCGGAGCGGCUAGCGGUGGCGGUGGUGGUUCAAUCGAAGUAUUCACACAAGGUCCUGGCGGUGGUCGAGUUGGUGGAAAUGUUGGCGGUAACGGUGUUGGUGGAACGGGAAAUAUUGGCAUAACGAGCGGAAACAUACCGAAUGGAAUCGAUAAAUCGCGAACAUCACAAACAAGUUCAGGUGACAUGUCAUCAUCAAAUCGGCCUGGAUGGUUUGGUUAUCAUCCGAGUAGUAGCAUCAAAUUAACAACGAAUCUCAGCGACAUUACUGUUUUUUCGGUUUGCAUUUUGGUCAUUUUAUUGCCAUCAUUAUAAUCAUUAUGUCAUUGAUAUUUAUUAUGUUGUUGAUGUCAAUGAUUCAACUAGUCUAAUAAUUAUUUCAUUGAAAAUCAUACGAAUUUUUCGGAUGGGGCUGAACAACGAUGAACACGGAAGGUGCUCAUAAUUUAAAAAAAAAUCCAUUUUGUACAUAUUCAUUUUUAAUGAUCACAUAAUUUCAUUUCCGGUCGUUCUGAUUCCAAAUUAAUUAAAUUAUAUUAUUAACAAAAUUAAAUUCAAACUUUGCAUCAAUACAAUGCAAAAAAUACAAAAAAUAGAAGAGGAAAAACACCAGUGAAGAAUAAUCCAAUAAAUUAGAGUGUGUAAUAAAUCAUCUAUAUAUCAUGUUCCGAAAAAUUAUAAUUAAAAUUUAAAAAAGUAAUAACCAAAAAAUCAUUCAAAAGACUAAUUCAGUCAAAUUCUAACUAUAAAAACCAUGAUGAAUCAACGUAUAAUUGUUUAUAUGAUAUGAUAAACAAUUUUCGGCAAGGUAAUGCAAAAGAAGAAUACAUGUAUGUAUUACUAUAAUUAUUUCUUCGAAGAAAGGGUUAACCAGAUAAUUUUAAUGUGCAAAAGUGAAAAACCAUCAAGCUUCCAAUGAGAGAAAGUUGAACGGAAAAGAAAUAUUUUUUGAUGUUUUCUCAACGAACGCUUCGGAAAUUACUUCUUAUGGCAUCACCUUACGAACAAGUGUUACAUAUCAUGCACAUUUAUAAAUGGAUCCACAUCAAUAAAAGCUAAAUGUGUAAAAGGGAUAAAUUGUUGUGAAAUAUUUUUUAGAUGGAUAUAAAAUAUGUUAUUCGAAUUAUGGUGCAAAAAAGCACCAUAGCAAAACAAAAACUCAAAAUAGCUAUAUCGUGUCAAAAUUACGCAAAACCCGAAAGUGAAAUAAAUUUUUCACUUUCAUUUGUAUAUAAAUAUUGAAUCAAAUUAAGGGGAUACAAUUUUGACUCUGACAUUCACAUUCACACACACACGAAUAUGCAGAUAUGCGGUCCUUGUGGCCAUGCAAAAUCUCGACCACUGCCAUAGUUUUGUUUUGUUGUCGCUCAUUCGGAAUACGUAAUUUUAAAUGCAAUAAUGAAUUAUUCUCAGUUUAUGUCUAAAAUACAGGAUGAAUUGCAGUGAAAAUUACAAGAAAAAACUUUCAAAUGGAGAAUUACCAUAUGAGUUGUUUAACGAAAACCAUUCAUUACAAAAACCACGAAUGGCAAUUUCAUUUUUUCUAGCCAAUUGCAAACCACAAGACAGCCUCGAAUCAUUUAACUUUAUUAAAUUAAAUAAAGUGCAAUUUAUGUAAUGAUAACAAAUAAACAUAAGUUAGUAGCGUUAUCUAGGUUGAUGAUGCCACUGCGAUCAGUUACAGUGUUGAAGCUUAAAAAUUUUCUAUAUUUUGCGAACUUGAACACUAAAUAAGCAUCAUUUACCUGGACACCAAAUGAGUAUAUCUACCUAGACGCGAAAUUAUGAGCACAAUAAAAUCUUUUGGUCAAAAUUUAUCGCAAGUGAUGUGACAUUUCUCUCUCUCUCACUCUCUCUCGGUCAGAUUAAACUUUCCUUUGUGUUCCAAAUGGUAUGUUUCGGUCGGUUGUAAAAAAUGUCGUGAGGAAACGAACAAAAUUUUGAAACUGUGUCAUUUCACUGGAAGUUCCAAGCACAUACGAAAUACUAUUUUGCAAAAAAAUGUCAACGAAAAAAAACCUUAACAAAUUUGCAAAAUGUCAUUGCCGAUAAGCACAAUUUAUGGUAGUGAACACGACUAACGCCACUUUUUUUAUCAACAAGUUUUUGUUGUUUGCAUUUUAAUUUUCCGUCUGUGCCUGUGUGUAUGUGUAGCGAAAAUUAGGUUGAUUCGUUUUGAUUUUUUAGCGUUUUCUCUCUUCCAAUUUUUUUUUUUCAAUUUUCGCGUUGGUUGUAAUGUUUCACACAAAAGCAUAUGAAGUGUGCAUGUAAUAGCGGUCGUGUCUUUUGAUAUGCAACGUUUGCAACAGAGAGUGUUGUUUAUGUAUCCGUGUAUUGCACAAUACACAAUCAUGAUGCGCGCGCUAACGCUCACAAUUGCCCUGCCAAGCGAGAGAACUUUGUGUAUGUAAAUCUAAUUUUCUGACGCUUCUUUGCACAUGCAUUGUGUUUUUCAUCGUACUUUCCCCCGGAAAAAAUGCAAAAAUGAUAAAUAUGAUUUUAUUUUCAUUCGGCUCUCUUUUUAUUUAUAUUUUUGGCCAUUUUUUUACUUCUAGCACGAAAUAGUUUCAACUAACUGUAAAAGUGGUAUUCUCUGACCAUUCCCAAGAUACGUUUCCGGAAUUGUUGACACAUUUGGUGUUUGUAUGGUGUGUACACUGUACAUACGCGGAUCAUGAGAUAUAGCAAAAAAAGAACGUUUGUGUCAACAAACAUGUGGCAACGUCAAAUGAUAUUUAUUCGGUAUAUGUACGAAUCUUGCAUUUCAGCACAAUCCCCAACCGAAACCAGAUAAUUCUGAUGAAAAAUCUAGCUCAAUUUUGUUUAAUUAAUUUCGAUUUAUCUAUUGUUAGUGUGAGCUCACCAUAAAACCGUGCGUUAAAUGGAGGAAAAUAAAAGCCAUUUAAAAAGCUUUUAUUCGUCAUUCUAACUAGAAGGUCUAACAAUUGAACCAAUUUUUGUUUGUUUUAUGGUUUUUGGGUCGGUGUUGGUUUUUUUGAAAUAAAAAAAAAACUUAAUUACAAUUUUCUAGCUCAUAAUCCAAAAUUAAUC